UCUGCGCUUUGUAAAACCGUACCUACAGUGACCAACCGUAGAAAGCUGCAAAGGGCGAUAUAUUUUCUCGAAAUGUGAGCGGUUACUGCGUCGCAUGAAAACGACCCGUAAUUUUUGUAGUUACUCUACGUUUUACAAGGUAACACUACGCUUAUCGUUUUCCACUUGCAGAUCAGAUGUCGUGUACCUUGGCGAGCGCUAGCGGGGUUCGCAUCUCUUUGGCAGACGGGCGGGCCGUUGUUCUCGGUCGGGGUCCGGAGACUGGGGUCACCGAUAAAAAGUGCUCCAGACACCAGGUUAAGGUGGUGGCCUGCUACAAGGACCAGAAUGUACAUGUUACCCAGCUUGGGCCCAACCCCAGUUCCCUUGGAUGUGAGAGGCUGGGAAGGGGCCAGUCUGGGACACUCACCCAGGGAGAAACCCUUUACCUGGUCAAUGAAAGCCACGCACUCAAAUUGCACUACUCUCUCAGCCCCAACAGAACAGCAUCUGGUGUGUCAGAAAAAGUGCCAAAAGCCACUGACAGGAUGAAAGUAGGGAGGAUUGGAAAAGAAAAAGAGAAGCAGUCAAGUCCGGGACCCAAACGGAGUAUAAAGGAUUUCUUUCCUGCAUCCCCCAUGAAGUUAUUGAAGAGGUCACUAAGCCCAAAUGGUGGACACCCUGAGGGGAAACGCCAAAGGAAAGAUGAGAAGGAGUCAGAUGAAGAAGAGGAUGAGGAGGAGAGAACAGCGGAGGAGAAGUUAAGGCAGCUGCAGGAGAUGGCAGAGAAAGCUACAGCAGGGAGCCGCAGUAGUCAGCUUUCGUCUUCUUCAGCAUCACUGUCGUCUUUGUCGCCCUGUUCAAAGAGCAGAUGGCAGCAGAUAGGGAACCUGCUGCUCUACACUGCAGCUGGCGUGAUGGGGAGUGAGAAGAUUGCCGGGUUUGACAUAGAUGGCUGCAUCAUCACCACCAAGUCUGGAAAAGUGUUCCCCACUGCGCCAGAUGAUUGGAAGAUUCUAUUCCCUGAGAUUCAGCCCAGGCUGGCUAGCUUACUGAAGAAAGGACACAAGGUGGUUUUCUUCACUAACCAGAUGGGGAUUGCCAAAGGAAAACUACGACCAGAGGUCUUCAUGUCUAAAGUAGAGGACGUCCUCAGCACACUACAGCUACCUGUGCAGGUGUUUGUAGCAACUGGUCCAGGUAUCUACAGAAAACCAGUGAUGGGGAUGUGGAAUUACUUGUGUGAGAAGGCUAACAGUGGAGUAACUGUUGCCAAAAGUCAGAGUUUUUAUGUAGGAGAUGCAGCCGGCAGACCUGCUAACUGGGCCCCUGGUAAAAAGAAGAAGGACUUCUCUUGCAGUGACAGAUUGUACGCUUUGAAUAUCGGAUUGCAGUUCCACACCCCAGAGGAGUAUUUCCUAGGCUGGAAGAGCGCCCCCUACAGCCUGCCAGAAUUUGAUCCUAGGGAACAGGACUCAGAUGCAAAUUUGUAUGACCCUCCCACCGCCUCCCUCACCUCCAGCAAGACUGAAGUCAUCGUUGCUGUGGGUUUUCCUGCUUCUGGUAAAUCCACCUUCUUCUACACCCAUAUUAUCCCAAAGGGUUACGUGUAUGUCAACAGGGACAUGCUAGGUUCCUGGCAGAAAUGUGUGUCGGCAUGUGAACGCGCUCUACAGGAAGGCCGCAGCGUUGCUGUAGACAACACCAACCCAGAUCUGGAGUCUCGCAAACGAUAUGUCGAUCUGGCCAAGGCAGCAGGAGUGUCCUGUCGCUGUUUCAACUUCUCAGCCUCUCUGGAGCAGGCCAAGCACAACAACAGAUUCCGUGAGAUGGUCCCUUCAGAAACCAAACAUCCCAAGGUCAAUGACAUGGUUUUCCACAGCUACAAGAAACAUUUUGUGGCACCCAGUCUCUCUGAGGGCUUCUCUGAGAUACUACACAUCCACUUUGUCCCUAACUUCAAAGACAGCCAAUCUGAAAUCUUGUUUAGACAGUUUUCUGAGGGAUGACUGGAUAUCUUACACAUCCUUCUGGUGCAGUUUAGAUGCCAAAAUACCAGCCAAUGAGGUAUCUUUGUCAUGAAAUCCAUCCAGUAAACAAAAAUCACAUAGAUUCAGUAAACAAAAAUCACAGAUUUACUUGUUUGCCCUAACUUUAGUGCAGAUAGCUUAUGGGAUUUUGACUUGACUCACCACACUAAACCUCUGCUUUGCUCACCAAAGUAAUAUUGUACCAAAAAACAAAAACAAAACCCCAAAACCUUUUUUGGCAUAAAUUAACAGUUCUAUUUAAAUUUGAAUAGUCAGAGGUGUUUGUGUGACGAUCACAUGCUGGACAAACUUGAAGUUGUGCUUAGAAGGGAGGUUAAUGCGAAAGGAAAUAAGGAAAGCUGGUGGGUAUAACUUUUAAUUUGUUAACAAAGUGCAUUCUUAAAGUGAAUAGACUGCACUCUAUAGCAUUGUCUGUCAGAAAACAAUGGUUCUUGUCUACAAUAAAGCCUUAGAGAACAUUUUGAAUACACCUGGCUGGCUGUGAUUAUUUCUACCAUUUAGAAAUAUGUCUAUGCUGUGGUCUAAGAGAUAGCCAUCACAACAAAUAUAAGAGGUGGGAAUUUGACUAAAUUUCUUGACUGCAGUCCUC